AUGCGCCCACGCAGACCUGAAGUGCGUGCUGCCCGCGCGCGUCGCCGUCAAGCUAACGCGGCCGCGGAGCAAGGCGGCAGUGAGCACAACACUAGUGGCUCUGGUGGCGCUCCUGCUGCUGGCGGCGGCCCCAGCCGCACUUCUGCCUUCGCAACAGAUGCGGCGCGGCUGCUGGAGAAGAUGCUCCACCGCUCAGAGCAGCGACAAAAGGCGGAGGAGCGGGUGGAGGAGCGUGAGGGUUUGAUCAAGGCGCGCUAUGCUGACACCUCCGCUGCUGCUGCGCCGUUUGACAAGGACGAUCUCCUGGCGGAGCUGAUUGGCGAGACCAGGUCGAACUUCCUCAAACUGGACCAGGAGCUCUCGGAAGACCACAACAUCGCGACGCGACGCCUGCACGCCGCCGUUUUCGCUCACGCCACGGACUUCCUGCAGCUCUUCCGUGAUGUAAGCCGUGCGAGUCAGCUGGUGGAAACUCUGAAGGGGCGCGUCCAGGGAACCAAGGCGGCAAUCUCUGCCAUUAGCAAGUUCAGCACGUACGGCGACGGUAACAGCGCCAUUAGCAGCAGUGGUGGUGCCGGUGGCGUGAACACGUCAACGUUCGGCUUAUCACUGCUGGGCAGUGCCAGCGGCGGUAGGGACCCUGCCGCUGCUAGUGGAGGUGCCCUUAAAGGACGCUCGCGUCCGAGUCUCAUCGCGACACGUUUGGUGCGGCGGCAGGGCUCUGCGGAUGACGUUGUUGCCCAAACCACCAACAGCGAUGGUGUACAGCUCCUGGCUACCACGCGCUCGUUGAACACGCCGUCGGUGCGAUUGUGGCGCGAAACGACACUGAGAGGCGGUGGCAGCAGAAGCAGCAGCGGCGUGACGGCCUCGUUGCAGCGCCACCAGCUGGCGUGGUUGGAGGCCGAGCAGAGCCGUGGAAUGCCUACCUCGCAGGACAUCACCGUCUUUGCGGAGGUGCUAAGGGAGGAGGUGCUUCAGGUGAUUGCGGAGAGGCGCUUCCUUGAGGCGGCGGAGCUGCUGCGCGGCAUGGAGGCCGAGGCGACAGCAAAGGGCUGCCUGCCGUUGCUGCUCACACUGGAGGAGGUGCUGGUGCGUGCCAUUAGGGCGCACCUGCAUCGUGUGCCAAUGCCGCUGAUGUACAGCGAGAGUCUGCACAUCCCGCUCAUCCAGCUGCUGUUGCGCUUUGGCAGGGUGAGCAGCGGGUCGCGGACGUUCUUUCGUCUCCAUGCCGUGUGGGUGGAUUCGGAGAUGGAUAAACUGCAACUGCGCAUAGACCCGCACAGCGGCGCACUCAUCGCCAGCGACUUUCUCGUCAGUGCAGUGCAGGAGGUGCUGAAGCGGCAGCAAAACUUGUGGCGUUCCACCGUCGUUGCUGCUGCUUCUGCUGGGGGUGACGCGGCAGGGCCGACGGAAGAAGCGGAGGGGGAGACAAAGAGGACCAAGAUUGCCGAGAGGACACCGCGUGGCGGCAACAACAACAACAACAACAAAGGCGAGAGUGACGGUGGUAGCGGCAAGGGUCAGUCCGCGGCGUUGAAGAUACCGCCGAGCUCGGCGGCUGUCCUUUGGGUGCACGACCGCAUCGACAAACUCGCGCACGAGGUGCUGGAGGCCCGCGCGUUGAGUUACGGCACCGGUGCCGAGGGCGGCGACCCGUCGCGGUUCCGCCGAGCCGUCGUGAUGGCAGCCGACGCGAUACGCACACUGCGGCGCAUGGACGAGUUUGGCUACGCGGGCUGCGACACGCACCUGCUUCGGCUGCUGACACCAAGCCUCGUGUACCUGCAGGCGGACUUCUGCGGCUGCACCGACCGCCGCCUUGAGAGCACCGGAAGGGCGAUGGUUGAACAUCUCAUCCGCGACGUGUGUCACAUGUACGAAGGCCGCGACGCCGCAUACAGCGCGGGGAUGUGCGACGCAGUGGCGCGGAAGAACAAUCGUGGCUGCCGCGAGCUUCAGGAGCGGCUCAAGCGCCUACCCCGUACUUCGUAUGCGCUGCUGCUGGAGCUCCUCCUCGCGCCGGCCUCCUCGCGCCUCUUCACCCCGCCGAACAACACUAACACCAACACCACCAGCAGCAACAGUAACAGCAACAAGAACACGGUGGUGGCAUCCCCACCGCCAUUGCUGCUGCAGCCCGAGCAAUACACCUUUCUGCGCUAUGCCAACGGUUGCACGCGUGUCCACGGCCUUCUUCUCUCCUCUGUGAUCCGCUUCGUCGCGGCCAUGACAGGGCACGAUGCAUUGCCACUCGAACACGCAGAGCAGCAGCAGGCGGCGGCUGAGCUGCGGGAGAACCAAGUGGAGUGCGUCUCGUUCCUCCUCUCCAACGCCGUUGUGACGGAGUCGCUCGAUGUGACGCUGCAGCGCCUCUUCCUCGCCUUCCUGCGCACCGCACUUCGGCAGCGUCAGGCGCUGGUGUUGUUCCUGCGUUCCGCGGAAUUCAACAACAUGCACCGCCAGUUUCUCCGCGCUAGUAGUGACGGAACGUCGUCGGUUUCCCCCUCACCGCGGUGGGUGCUAAACGCGCUGCAGCUGCUGCUCGCCGACGUGCUGAGUGCGUCCGUGUGGGUAGCGUUUCUCUCGCGCGGCGGCGCGCUGUCGCAGAUGCUGCGCGACCCAGCGCUGGCGUUCCGCGUGCAGUAUCUCGAGGAGCUGCGUCGUGUGUUGCCGCGCGUCGUGCAGGGGUGGAUGGCCGCCACGCUGGCCGUUACGCAGAAUGCUGAGGCCGCACGCGACCUCCUCGUUGGCGACGCCGCGCUCCUCUGCUGCGAAGGCGACUCGAUCACCACGCCACCGCCACCGCCAGCAGCAGCGGCAACAGCAACGGCACCGAGUGCAGCGAGCAUGAGCACCGCAAAAGUGAAUGGGACCACUUCCGCUGCCACAGCGGCAUCGUCUGCGGCAAGUUACGUGGCGAGUGCGAAGGGCUUGCGUGACGCUGCCGCGCAACUGCUGCGGGCAGGCGAAGUCAACGAAAUGCGCAUGGUGCCGUUUCUGUUUGAUAUUGUGCGCAGUCGAUUCAUUGCCCACCCCGCCGGCGCACCUGCGGCCGCGCUGCUGUGUGCGCCGUCGCCGCCGCCGCCGUCACCGGUGUGGUGCCUGCGCAGCGUGCUCGGCAACUACCCACAGUUCCCCAUUGGUGGCACCUUUGACCGCAACGACGAGCUGUUCCUCUUUCACUGGUGUGCGCAGAUCUCACUCAAUGCGCUGGCCUUUUUCCAGGAGCGCCUCCUUGUGCCGAGUCACGUUUUGAAUGAGCGGUGGUCUUCUUCACAUCCGACGAGCCCCAUUCCUUCAGCUCCUGCUGCGACGCCGUUCCCACUGCGUGACUGCGCGUCGCCGCAGGAGGAGUCUGUCAUCGCGGUGCUGGCGACGGGCGGCGGGAAUUACACGAGUGCCGUGGCGCUCCUGCAGUUCAUCAUAGUGCGUCUGCUCCGUGAUGUCUUGUGCCGCGCCGAGACGUGGGACGCGGUGUAUGGGCUACCCCUGGAGAAGUGGCGCCAGUCGGAGAGCAUUCUGAGAGAGCAGGUCUUUUUCUUUGCGUUGUUUGUGCACAUGUGGUCACCGCUCUUCGUCGGCAGCGCGAAGACGAAAACGGCGUCGGGGCGACCGGCGAUGACGAACCGAAAUGGCAACGUUGAUGGCGCACCGGCCAUGGUGAUUCUGCAGUGGUUAACUUGUGCUUCGACGACUGGCGAGGCACAACAGCAACAGCAGCAGCAAAAGCCCGACUUUGACGCGGAGGGUUUGGCAUUCCCUUUGAACGCCGCAUCGUCGACCGCGGCAUCGGCGGCGAAGGGAUUGGGUGCGUGGAGAAGCCAAGGCAGCAACAGCAGCAGCGGCAAACACCAACAACAGCAGCAGCAGAGGGCGGCGAGCGACAAGACUCUAUCCGCCACAUCCAAGAGCCCAGCAGCUGCAGUGAACUCUAACAGCAGCAACAGCAGUGGUGCCGGUAUUGGCGACCCCAGCAUGUUGCUGCUGGACCUGAUUGAUUCCUUCUUCGCCUCUCUGCAGGAGCCGAGGGCGAUGCCGGCAAUUAUCUCCGACGUUACUCGGGAACGCGUGGAGAAGGUGAUGGGCGCUGUCAAUUUGGCCGACUUCGCUGGGAAAGUGGGGCUGAGCGACACUGAUGAAGAUGAGGAGGAUGAAGACGAGGAAGAAGACGAUGGGUCUACCAGCAGCAGCAGCAGCAGCGGCGGCAGCCCGAGUCGCACAAGAGGGCGGAGCUCCACAAAACGAGCAACAGCGGCGGAGAAAACCGGGUCAUCAGGCGUGGGCCCUGUGACGCUGUUACAGGUGCGCGCCAUGCUCCUGCAUUACGUGGCGCCGUUGCUCUGA